UACACAUACGUGUGUUCAAGGUAACACCGUUCCACCCAAAGGUUUUGCGUUAAACUCAGCCCUGUUGUCCAGUGGGAACUGUAAAGUGUUUGCCCAGGACGAAACUAACGUGUAAGUCCACGAUUUCUAGGGGACAUUGUGAAAUGUUGGUUUCGCCCUGGCCAAAGAUUUUUAUUAUCUGGACAAAGUAGCUAUCUGUGGGUUCAACAAAUGAAAAUGGUGAAAAACUAACUUUAACGUUUUAAUUAAGGUUUGCGUAGGAAUCCAAUGCGACGGAUAAGUUAACGUUACAGCGUUCUGUGGUCACAAUUAAACAUUUCUGCAGUGACAUCACUUCUUUUUCCAGUCAGCUCCUUUAAAGUCUUUAAAGUAAAGUUUUAUUAUUGUAUACAAUAACCACCCUAAUAUCAUCCCAAUCCUGAGGCCGCGACGAAAAAGAAAGCAACAGUUUGUCAGGUGGAACUAUAGAAACACAGAGUUUAGGGGAGGACGGAUUUGAUCAACGUACGUGCCUCAGGUACAUCAUCCUAGCAUGGGUGUUCAAUGAAAAACAGAACUUUUAUAUUCGGACAUGUCUGUUAGGCGGUAAAAAGAACCGAAUGUCUAAAUACAUGUUCUCAAUACAUCACUUUUGCAGUACGUGGAGGAUAAUUGCCUUAAAAACUCAAACGCGAACGCCGACAUCUCUGUGGUGGUUGUGGUCGUGUAACUGUCAUACGGGUCCCGAGGUUGUUUUACAACUGAACGAGCAAAAAGGAGUCCCCAAUAACCAGGUAACAAAAAGGCACAAAAAAAAAAGAUCUUCAUGUCAACCAGUACUGGAAAGCUUUGACCGGCAGUACAGUCAGGAACUUGGAGAUUUGUGGGCAAAUGCAAGAGCAGUGCUCCUGGACCCUCUUUCUUGGCAGUAUGGGGUCAUGAUCAACAGCUUCAGCACUGUGACAGACAUCACACAGAUUCUCCACUCACAGGGCUUUUCCACAUUACUGCCAGAUGUCUCCAUGUUGCAUUGUAAAGGCCCAUCAACAGUAGCACCUCACUACAUCUCCAAGUGCCCUCCGAAUGACUCCCAUCUUCAACCUGACAGCACCUUUCAUGCCCUCGAUCAGGACCUUCAGUCAGAGCCUUCACUCAGUUUGCCCCGUCCUUCAUUACAAUGUUACAUCCACACACUUCCACUGCGGUUUCCCUCUCAGGCUCACAGGCCUGGCCAGCUGAAGCAGUACUACCUCCUGAAUGCUGCCUCCCUGCUUCCAGUGCUGGCUUUGCAAGUCAGAGAUGGGGAGAAGGUUUUGGAUCUUUGCUCUGCCCCUGGGGGAAAAGCUUUAGCCAUGAUGCAGUGUGCCACCCCAGCUCUUCUCUGCUGUAAUGAACCAGACCCUCACAGACGGGACUGGCUGGCCAAAACCCUGGAGUCUUUUCUGCCUUACUCAUUGAACAGCAGAGUGAUUGUGGCUGCACAGGAUGGACGGUCUUUUGGGCAAAGUGCAGCAGGAACAUAUGACAAGGUUUUAGUCGACGCCCCAUGUUCUAAUGACAGGAGCUGGCUGUAUUCUUGCAGCAGCCAGCAGGGGGAGCAGAGACUAAAGGAAAGAGCCAGGCUGCCUGCACUCCAGGCUCAACUGCUAAAGUCUGCACUGGCAGCAGUGCGUCCAGGGGGCGUUGUGGUCUAUUCCACAUGCACGCUGUCCAGCUCUGAGAACUACGCUGUGGUUGAGACAGUGCUCAAUGACUGUCCUGAGGCUGAACCUGAAGACCUGUGGGAGGGGAUUGCUGUUCCUUUAUCAAAAUACUUUGUAUUUAGUCCUGCUCACCCUGAUCAUGGACAGACACUUCACAAGCCAUCCCUACAACCACAGAAUGGCACUGUGUCUUCUUAUCACCACAGACUCGGCAUUUUAGUGGUUCCUCAGCCCGGCAAGACCUGGGGACCUAUGUUUUUGUCUCGUAUUAGAAGAAGGAAAUAGGGUGUAUUCUCCAGCAGAGAAAAGAUAUGUGGAAACUAGGGCUGGGCACAUUAAUGCGUUAUUAUCGCGUUAACGCAUUAAUUAAUGAAUAAUUAUUUUAUCACACGUUAACGCAGUUAUUAUUAUUAUUUUGAAAGUCCGUUUCUCACUAGCUCUGACUACACAUACAGUCAAACAAUGGGUCACAGGAGGAGUGGGAUGUUGAUCAGCCAAUAAAUCACCCAACCAAACACGCAGUGGAGGGAGGCUUCGGCAGACUACGUUGCAUGCAGAGAAGUAGAUAAACAAAAGCAAGACAAGCGAUCAAAUGCCAUAGUGAAGUGGAUAGCUACACACUGCAUGCUGAUUAGUAUUGAGGAAGAUGUUGGUCUUAGGAACGUUCUUAAAAUCCCAACAUAGUUACUUGGACCCGCAGGGUUGCUCUUUGCUCCGGUGAUCAGACGGCGCUCCGCGAGGAAACAGCAGGCGCUCUAUGGAGAGUAACCAUGGCAACGUCUUCUGUGCGCUAAACAGCUGUAGCCUAUUUAACUUUAAUUUAACUAGGCUACGUAACUUUACCUGAUAGGCCUUGCAUCUAGUUUUGCGGGGAUGCUCUGCCAUGCGAAUUCCCUCCUGUUGAUGUCCUGAUAACUGUGUAGUAGACAGUAAUAGAUUCUGGAAACAGCGAGGAUUAGUCUCUCUUCCAAUGAUUUGUGCUCUGCCUCGGGUACACAAAGUUCAAGACAAAUCAACAGAGGCGGCGGGCAUAUGCGUGAACUACUUCACCUCACUCUAACAGGGACACUUGCUACUGAACAUACACUGUUUAUGCUGCUCCCUUGAAAAAAUGUUUCUGCUGGUACCUGUUCAGAAAAAAAAAUAGAUUUAUAAAUGUUAACCAUGCGUGCAUUAGCAGUGCAUUUAAAUUAAAAGUGCCCAAUACACUACCUUAGAAUUCAUUAUUCAAUUUUGCGCAUAACAAUGCGAUUAAUCACUGAAAAUCACAUUCCCUUAGUAUGAUUUUUGUUAGCUGUGGUGUUUUUAAGGUGUCCUACCUUAUGAAAGUACAUAAUGAAACUGACUUGUAACUCACUCACACAAACGGACAACCUUUCUAAUUCACAUUUAGUACACUGCCAACCUGUGACACUUAUAGGGGAUGAAAGUAGUAACAACAGCAGUAGUUCACACAGGCAGAUUUAUACAUGUCAUUGUUGCAACUUGUUGGCAAAGAAGGUCAUAACUUGGAGUUGUAACACUUCGGCCACCUGCAAGACAAUAAGUGUUUUAGCUGCAGUUUUUGCUGUUAAAUGCAGCUGUUCUUUGUUUCUGUGGGUGUUGAAUGAGAUUUUACAUUUAACACUUGUACCACCUAUAACAAAAUAAAUAUGGAACAUUGCUCACAGCAUUCACACUUAACCUCCAGUGAGAGACAUUAGACAACUCACAGUUAUUUAAAGGUUCUGUAUAUGAGAUUCUGAACAUUAAUAUCGCAACAAGCAACUAUUUGCUAUGUAAUGAUAGUAAAGAAGUGGAUUAAUGGCGUCCUGAGCAGAAAAUGAUGUCAGUCUCCCUCUGUGUGUGUUGUCACCCGAGUGUCUCUGUUCUUGUUUUUGAUGGGAAGCUGUUGGGCUUUGAGGAGUGUGAUACAACAGCUGAUUGUUUUCUCAUCUAACUCUGUGAAUUAAGGGUUUAUUUUGAACCAAACCAGAGUUGAUGAUUGUUUGAACAGUGGAAAGACGUACUAAGAUAAUCUCUCUAAUACUGUAAUGUUGCACUUUAAGUGGACAUAUGCUUGACUAGCGCAUUUGUCCCCAAGGAUUACUGCACCCAUUGUAACCUGUUUCACAUCUGCCAGCGAUGGCAUAGAACCAGAAUAUUACGAGGGUUUAUUUCCACCAAACCAGAGUUGGUGUUUGUUGGAACUGUGGAAAGACUAACAAAGAUGGUUUUGGUGAGUUUUAUGUUCUUUCAAUGGAAUCUGGUGUCGAUAUACCAGCUUUUAUUAGUUUGCUUUAUGUCAAUGUUGUGAUCACAACUUUUCCAGGUUUGAUUUUUUGAUUUUAGCCUCUGCAAUCAACCCCUUUUUCAGUCUUUGUUUAUUUUUAUUAUUUAGAAGUCAGGCAUUAAUUUGCCUUUUUCCAUCAUUCUGUGAGCAAACAUGUUCCGAUUUUAUGCUGCACACUGCAUGAGUCUGCGAACAGCAGGGCACAGUGAAAGGAGUUACCUCGCUGAGAAGUUGGAGGUGUGCAGCCUGUCACCUGCAGCUCUAAAUCAGGGAAAUAUUGCAAGGAGCAAUAGAACCAGAAGGAGCAGCCACAGCAUGGCAUUACACUCUGCAAUAUUUCAAACUGAUCCGUUGUCAAAAAAUGCCUAAAAUGUCUGUUGUUUUAUAGACACAUUUUUGGUGAAUGAUAGCGUUCAGUGCUAAGCUCACUGACAAAUGCACUGCAUAUCCUGUGACUGCUUCAUCAUAAAAGUCAAUUGCUGUCCGCCAAUAAUAUACUUUUAAUGUGAAGCUGAAGCAGUAGGAAAUGUUGGUUCAGCAGUCAUUUAAUACAGCAUUUUUCCGAGAAUCUCGCCACCAACACCCAUUUCGGGAUACUUCAAAUAUAUAAAUAUUCCAAUACUUUCAUGAGUGGGCCACUGUGUUACCUUAUACUGGCAAUGGGUAGUGACUUCACAGACAUUGAAAUGAAAUGAUCUUCGAGAUUGUACUUUUAAGUGCUUAACACUGUGUACAUGUUGUAUAAUAAAAAUGAUAAUACUGUAAGACUGCAAUGUUCUGCGAUGUAAGAUAGUAAGAUUAAAAAUUCAUCCAGAGUUUAUUAUAUUAGGAGUGAGCGCUUGCAGUGAGUUUUAUUACAGUUUGUGUGAGUUUUAGUUUCUAAAUACUCAUGAGUGGUAGUUUGGGAAUGAGAGAUGACAUUACAGUACUUACCACUGCAGAAGCUUACAUUCAGGAUCUCCAUUUUCCAAAUCAGGUUGCACUUAUUCAAUUUUCAUCACUGACAUUAUUAAACGUUUCUAUCUGAACACC